CCCCCCACGCCCCAACCCGGAAGCGGAAGUGCCCCACCUCAUCCAUCAUGGCGGCCCGGCGUCGUUGUGGCGGGGCGGUGAAUCGUCGUCCUGGCCCGGAAGCGGUGGAGGCGGCUUUAAAGGAAGCGGCGGCGCUUUUCCCGCCUCGUUGGUCGGAGCUGCCCGCUCUGGUCCUCCGACAUCAACUCUAUGGUUUGGCCGGAGAUAGAACGGCGGUGGAUCGGCACCUGGGCCGCCUGCAGGCCGAGGGCCGCAUCCGGUUGCUGCAGCUCGGGCUGGGGAGCGACACGGUGGCCGUUAUCAGGGAUGAAGACUUCCGGGAAGCGGUGCUCCGUGCGGUGUCCGACUCCCCGUGUUUCCCGUUAGUUCGGCGUUUCCUCACUGAGGCUCCUCGGCUGCUCAGCUUCCAAAGGGAACAGCUGCAAAACAUGGGGCUCAGUGACCAGCACGUCACGCAGCUGGUGGCCGCGGGGCUGCUGACGGUUCGGGACGCCGGCAGUUGGUGGUUGGCGUUACCGGGAACCGGCCGCUUCAUCCGGGCACUUCUUAAGGGCCGGAAGCAGUUGCUGUCUGCCGUCCGCCGCUCCCGUCACCGUGAGGUUCUCCAGGCCGAGCUGGGGCAGCGCAGGUCGCGGCCUACCCUGGGGCUCCGUUACGUCCUGCUGGACCUGCUGGGCGCCGAGCUGCUCCGGAGCGUCCCCACCACUUCCGGUCCGUUGUUGCGGUUGGCUGACACGUGAUUCCGGUUCGGUUCGACGAUACCGGGUGGAAAAGUGCAAUAAAAUGGGAUUUGGGGGCAAAAAAAA